AUGUCGGAUUCUGUAGAUCGCGUCUUCGUCCAUGCCCUGAAUACCGUUAAGAGGAUUCCCCGGACGGGCACCGCGCGCCCUCCGGCGGCGGAACGGUUGAAGCUUUAUGGAUUAUACAAGCAGAGCAUGGAGGGGGACGUUGAAGGAGUGAUGGAUCGACCGAUCGGGAAUACACCAGAGGUGCAUGCGGAGUGCGAGAAAUGGGACGCCUGGUAUGCCCAGCGCGGCAACACGCGCACCGAAGCCAAACGCCGCUACAUCUCUACUUUAAUCGAUACCAUGCACGAAUACGCAUCACAGACACCCGAGGCGCGUGAACUUGUCGCCGAACUCGAAUUUGUCUGGGACCAAAUCAAAUAUAAUGCAUCCUCAUCUUCAUCGUCAGGUCCGUUAAACGCCGUCGGCGUCCCUCCGUUAUCACGACAUACUGGCAGCGCAUACGGGAGUAUAGGAGAUCGAUUAGCAGGUUCUGUGGAGGACUAUGAUCGUCCGAAUAUGCGAGCCGAUGACCGAAAUUCAAGACUCCGCGUUCUCAGUCCCGUUAGUCAACCCGAAGAAGAUGAAUACUAUCACCGAUCACCAGAUGGGGGUGUUAUCGAUGACCAGGACCAGGACGAGCUGGAUGACGACGACGAUGAUGAGUACGAGGAAGCUCGUGAUAGUCUUUACGAAGACCAGGAACAUGAUGACCAUGAAAGCACAAAUGCAGAUACAAGGUCUGUUACGGAUCAUACCUCACAUGAUGACCGUUCUUCACAUCGGAAUCGCCAUCAUCCUAAUAAGUCUAUCGACGGGGCAAGUAGCAGCAACUCUCAUGCGCGUGCUUCCGAUCCACAUAACCUGAGAAAUAGCCCCUGGCGCCGCAGAGUCGAGCAGGCCUUGACUAAAAUGACGGCUGAAAUCGCUGCCGUGCGUGAGCAAAUGGAAGCUCGGACAUUAGCUUCUCGUCGUCGGAACGGUGUUUUAUCAUGGCUGAGAUGGAUUUUGUGGACAGUUUUGCGUCAGGUUCUUUGGGAUCUGGCUAUGCUGGGUGCAUUACUGAUCUUUAUGCGGCUGCGAGGUGAUCGCCGGGUUGAGAACCGGUUGCGCUCGGGCUGGUCUGAGUUGAAGGCUAAGUUGGGUCAGAUUAAGCUGCUUAGAAAGGCGGGCGAUAUGCCUGUUUUGCCUUGA